AUGACAACCUUUACUAAACUCGGCGACACUGACACUCCUGUCAUCGCCGUCCAUCCUUCGCGUCGCGUGUCUAAGAUCAACCCCAAUAUUUAUGCGGGUUUCACGGAGCAUAUGGGCCGAUGCAUCUACGGUGGUAUCUAUGACCCAGGCAACCCACUCUCUGACGAGAAUGGAUUCCGCAAGGAUGUGCUCGAGGCAUUGAAAGGCCUAAACAUUCCUGUUGUUCGGUAUCCUGGCGGUAACUUCUGUGCUACCUACCACUGGCUGGAUGGUGUUGGUCCGAAGGACCAGCGGCCCUCGCGACCCGAGCUUGCCUGGCUAGGCACCGAGACGAACCAGUUCGGUACAGAUGAGUUCAUGAAGUGGUGCGAAGUUCUUGGGACCGAGCCCUAUCUGUGCUUUAACUUUGGAACUGGCACUCUGGAUGAAGCUUUGGCGUGGGUUGAAUACUGCAAUGGCACUGGUAACACAUACUAUGCCAACAUGAGACGGAAGAACGGCCGCCAGGAGCCCUAUAAUGUGAAAUACUGGGCCCUCGGCAAUGAAACCUGGGGACCGUGGCAGGUCGAACAGAUGACCAAGGAGGCAUACGCCCACAAGGCGCUUCAAUGGGCUAAAGCGCUCAAACUCCUCGACCCAAGCCUCAUCCUCAUUCUCUGCGGACAAGACGGCACCGCUACCUGGGACUACUACACCCUUAAGCACUGCCUCCUGCCCGCGCACUCCGCGCUCUCUACCAGCGCUGUGCCUCUCAUCGAUAUGCAUAGUAUCCACCUCUACACCAGCUCCAAUGAGCACCUUCCCAAUGCUACCGCCCCGCUCGCUGCCGAGCGCGCGAUUCAGAUCACCUCCGGGCUCAUCGACCUGGCGCGGAUCGAGAACGGCGUGCCGCCGUCGCAGCCACGACCGACGAUCUGCUUCGACGAGUGGAACGUGUGGGACCCAAUCCGUGCGGAGGGAAGCCGUGGUGCAGAGGAGAGCUACACACUCUCUGAUGCGCUGGCCGUGGCCGUGUGGCUGAACGUGUUCGUCCGCCAGAGUCGCGAUCUCGGCAUGGCCUGCAUCGCGCAGACCGUCAACGUCAUCUCCCCGCUGAUGACUUCCCCGUCCGGCAUCACAAAGCAGACCACCUGGUGGCCGCUGUACCUGUUCUCGCGGUUCAUGCGCGGGUGGACGGUUGCGGCGCAUGUAUCAUGCGCGACGUACGAGGGCCCCACGGUGCCCACGUGGGUGCGUAGCGCGGUCGAGACGCCCUGGCUCGAUGUUAGUGCGAGUGUCGGGGAGGACGGAUACGCUAACCUGGUUGUUGUGAACAUCCACGAGGAGCGGGGAUUCGAAACCGUUGUGGAAGGGGUGGAAGGGGAGGCGGUUGUGUAUACAGUGACCGGCGAGGGCGUAGCCGCGACGAACAUGAAGGGCCGUGAAGAAGUUGCGGUGCAGGAGUCAUCGUGGGACGGAAAGGGUACUUAUACGUUCCCGAAGCAUUCGAUUACAUUGCUCCGAUGGAAGGCAGAGUAG